AUGGUACUGGAGAAGAAUUUUGAGAAUCCCUUGGAAAACCAAACAAUACCAUUAAAAGGAAAAUGCAAACCUGGGAUGUGGCCUCCAGUCCCUAAUGGCUAUGUCUGGCAUAACACAUGGAAUCUGGUCUCCUGCAAUUUGUCUCAUUUCCACACAGAGCCAAAUGAAUGUUUGAAGGGAAAGCUCAUUUAUAUCUUGGGAGACUCUACAACCCAUCAGUGGAUAGAAUACUUCAUAAAGCACAUUAAAACACUAAAGUCUGUUGACCUCCAUGGAUUUGGGAAUCUCCGUCAUCAACUUGUUGUGGACUUGGAAAGGAAGAUCUCCAUUCAAUGGCAAAGACAUGGCUACCCCUUGAUUGGCUCAAGUGUUUAUUCAGCAAAAAAUAAUGAAUACCUAGUCCAUGCCAUUGACAGAAUUGAAGGAGACAGAAACACCAUUGUUGUCUUUACUCUGGGCCAGCACUUUAGGUUUUUCCCCAUUGAUGUCUUCACCCGACGAGCCAUCAAUGUCCACAAUGCCAUUGAACAUCUAUUCCAGAGAAGCCCAGAAACAAGAGUUAUCUUCAAGGCUGAAAAUACUAGGGAAAUUAAUAUUUAUUCUGAGUUAUUUAGUGAUUUUCAUGGCUAUAUUCAGUCUCUGGUUUUGAAAGACAUCUUCCAAGAUCUCAAUGUGGCUGUCAUUGAUGCCUGGGAUACAAAUAUUGCCUAUGGCACCAAUAAUGUCCACCCACCUGAAUAUGUAGUUGAGAAUCAGAUUAACACA